UCUCUCUCUCUCUCUUCAUCUCACUCUUAAACUUUAAGCUUCCUGGCUGACUACAGUCCCCUUGGACAUUGCCGUUGACUUUACCUCAACGCCGAUGCGUCGCUGAUCUCGGUGCGGCUCGUGCGGUUCGUGCUCUUGGUUCUGCGCAAGCUCGACGCUUAAUUCUUCACCUACUCUUUCAGAUUCUCCAGGCCUUCUUUGACGCCAUGGAUCUACUCCUGCCAUUCAAAUUCUCUCUAAGAGUCGUUUCGGCUGCUGCAGCACUAGCUGUCGUUGCAGUUGCAUUCGUGAAUUACCAUUACACCUCUCAUCUUCCUCCUUAUGAGGAUAUCUCUGGGCCUCUGUCCUUCUUGGAAUUGAUUUCCGAAUUCAAAUAUAUUGCCCCAGGAUUGCUAGUGAUCUGUUUCGCUUCAGAUCUUCGUGACUUGAUAGUUUUCCUUCUUUACCGGAGAGGUGGAGAAGUAGGCGAUUUUGGCUUGAAAUUAACCGAAGAGUUUGCAAAGAUCAGUGGACUAAAGGAAUACUCCAAUGAAGAGUUGAUGAUUGCGACCAAUUCCUUUGCAAAUGAUAGGAUUCUGGGGAGAGGAGGUUUCGGGAUAGUGUACAAAGGGCACGUAGGAGAUGCUUCCACACCGGUCGCUAUAAAGAUGAUGAACCCCAAUUCGCACCAAGGGAUAAAGGAGUAUAUGUCCGAGGUGAAGUCAUUAAGCCAACUUAGGCACAAAAACUUGGUGCAACUUGAAGGCUAUUGUCACGAGGCUAAUAGAUUCGCUCUGGUUUACGAAUUCAUUGGAGGAGGUAGCUUGGAGGAUCAUCUUUUUAAACCGGAAAACUUUUUGGAAUGGGGAAAGAGGUACGAAAUUGCUCGGGGAUUAGCCUCGGCGCUGCACUACCUACACGAAGAAUAUCAUGAUCAUGAAUGCGUGAUCCACAGAGAUAUCAAGUCCAGCAACAUCAUGCUCACUGAAAAGUUCGUGGCCAAAUUGGGAGAUUUUGGCUUGGCUAGGUUAGUCGACCAUGCCAGAGGACAAAAAACAACUGAAAAGAUGGGAACACUGGGUUACGCGGCUCCAGAAUACCAUAGAACAGGUAAGGCAAGUAAACAAUCUGAUAUUUACAGCUUUGGAGUGGUUCUUUUGGAAAUAGUAUGUGGGAGAAGAGCCGUCUUUUCCCUCCAUGGAGACCUACAAAACCUUGUAGAGUGGGUAUGGAAGCAUUAUGGGCGCUGGAGUUGGAGCUGGCGCAGGAAUUUUCUCCUUGUGGUGGACGAGAGGCUCCGCAAAGAUUUCGUCAAGAAACAGGCGGAGGCCUUAUUGAUUGUGGGGCUGUGGUGUACUCAACCUGAUGCUGGGUCCCGGCCUUCGACUGAAGAGGCAAUGGCUGUUUUGAACUUGAAGGCAAAGCAUCCCAAACUCCCCUCGAAGAUGCCAAGUUUCAACAUAUAAUUGACCCGAAGGUCUCGUCUCGUCUAGAUGCGUAUGUAAAAUGUAGUGCCUUAAUGCUGUCUGUUUUUAUUUUGCUUGGAACUGAUGUCUAUUUAAGUGCGAUGUACGUGAAAAUCACCGUAAUAGAGGUCAUUAUCGAAAAGCUGCUGUACUCGCCUUUUUCGUUCACCACUUUAUAAUGUUGUACAGUACUCAAAAUAUUUAUUUACAGUAGAUCAUGUCAAAUAGCGUCGUUUGAA